CUUCCUUGAGAAACUAACACUUUCAAUGGUUAAACCGGUGGACCAAUUCCUCACUGGCAUAAUUUUUUCAUGAAAAUACUUCCCAACUUUUCCUUUUGAAAGAAUUCAUUUAAGACGUGAAAUGGAAGGGAUUUUGUUCAUCACCAUUUCAGUUGAUUCAGUGACAAAAUCAAAACUUGUUGAAUAAAGGGUACAAAAAUGUGGAAUUGGAAAGGUAGCUGAACAAUCCAAAACCCGUUCUCAAAAAUGGUUAUCCCCUGUUUUUUCCCAACUAAUUCCACUCAAACCAAGCAUGCAGUCACCGGGAUUUAUUUGUUUUUCAGAAUCCAAUUCUCAAAUUGGACCAUCAAACCAAUGUUGACAAGAACACAGCAAUUCCAUUCGCAAGCAUCGCUUGAAUUCCAGAACAAUAGAGGAUUUUGUUUCCAAGACUGCGUCUUCCUCUUGCAGCACCUGAGGGACCACAAAGACGUAAAAUGUGGCAGAAUCCUUCACUCUCUGUUAGUUAAAAGUGCCCUCUUCAUGGAUGUCUUUAUACAAAACAACAUGAUUAGAUUUUACGGAGAUAUUGGAGAAGUUCAGAAUGCACGUAAGUUGUUUGAUGAAAUUCCUCAGCCGAGUUUGGUUUCUUGGACAAGCUUGGUCUCUUGUUAUGUUCACGCGGGGCAACAUGAAAUGGGUCUGAGUUUGUUUCGUGGCUUGUGUCGAUCUGGGGUGCGCCCCAAUGAAUUUGGUUUCUCUGUGGCACUCAAGGCUUGCAAGGAGACGUGUGAUGCUGUGAUGGGAAAGCUCAUUCAUGGGUUGGUAAUCAAAAGUGGAUUUGAUUCACAUAGAUUUUGCAGUGCUUUGAUUCUUCACGUGUAUGGUGAUUGUGGGGAUAUUAAGAGCUCGAGGAAGGUUUUUGAUGGGGUUUGUUAUGAUGAAAGGUGUGAGGCAUUGUGGAAUACUUUGCUGAAUGCUUAUGUGAAGGUGUCUGAUGUGGAGGGUUCUCUAAAGUUGUUUCAUGAGAUGGGGCACUCUUCUGUGUCGCGGAACCACUUUACUUACACAACCAUUGUUAAACUCUGUGCCGAUGUGUUGGACGUUGAACUUGGAAGGUCUCUUCAUGGCCAGAUCAUGAAGAUUGGGAUUGAAAACGAUGCGGUUGUGGGUGGGACUCUUAUUGACUGCUAUGUUAAACUGCAAUUAUUAGAUGAUGCUCGUAAAAUGUUUCAAGUUCUCGAUGAGAAGGAUAACGUGGCAGUAUGUGCUUUACUUGCUGGGUUUAAUCAAGUCGGAAAAUGUAAGGAAGGACUUGCAUUAUAUGUUGAUUUUCUUUCUGGAGGUAACAAACCAGACCCAUUUACUUGCGCAAGUGUUGUCAGUUUGUGCUCAAAUUUGGAGACAGAGCUUUCUGGAAGUCAAAUUCACUGUGGUGUCAUCAAACUUGGCUUCAUGUUGGAUUCAUAUCUUGGCAGUGCAUUUAUCAGCAUGUAUGGAAAUUUUGGGAUGGUGUCUGACGCCUAUAGAUGUUUUCUUGAGGUUUGCAAUAAAAAUGAAAUAUGUGUAAAUGCCAUGAUUAACACUUUAAUUUUCUACUCAUAUGAUUUAAAAGCAAUAGAGCUGUUUUGUGGGAUGAGGGAAGUUGGUAUUGCACAAAGCAGUUCUUCAAUCAGUUAUGUUCUGCGAGCUUGCGGGAACCUUUUCUUGCUUAAAGACGGACGAUCUUUUCAUUCUCUAGUGAUUAAAAUUUCUUUUGAGGAUGACUGUAGAUUGGGCUUAGAAAAUGCUCUUCUUGAGAUGUAUAUUAGAUGUAAAGCUAUUGGUGAUGCAAAAUUGGUUUUCAAAAACAUGCCCAUACGAAAUGAGUUUUCCUGGACUACUAUCAUAUCUGGAUGUGGUGAAUCAGGGCAUUUCGUAGAAGCCCUCGGGAUCUUCUGCGAUAUGCUUCUAUAUUCAAAACCUAGUCAGUUCACAUUAGUUAGUGUUAUUCAGACCUGCACAGAAAUAAAGGCAAUAAAUGUAGGAAAACAAGUCCAAUCCUAUAUCACGAAAGUAGGAUUUGAAUAUCAUCCGUUUGUUGGAAGUGCCCUGAUAAAUAUGUAUGCAGUAUUUAAACAUGAAACUUUGAAUGCUUUACAGGUCUUCUUGUCAAUGACGGAGAAAGAUCUUAUCUCUUGGAGUGUCAUGUUAACGGCAUGGGUUCAAAAUGGCUAUCAUGAAGAAGCACUUAAGCAUUUUGCAGAAUUCCAAACUGUUCCCAUUUUUCAGGUUGACGAGUCUAUCUUAUCCAGCUGUAUUUCAGCUGCUGCUGGCUUAGCAGCAUUGGACAUAGGCAAAUGUUUCCAUUCCUGGGUUAUCAAAGUUGGCCUCGAGGUUGAUCUUCAUGUGGCUUCUUCCAUUACUGACAUGUAUAGUAAAUGUGGAAACAUUAAGGAUGCCUGUAAGUUUUUCAAUACUAUCAGUGAGCAUAAUUUAGUAACCUGGACGACUAUGAUAUAUGGUUAUGCUUAUCACGGGUGUGGUAGAGAAGCUAUUGACCUGUUUAAAAGAGCUAAAGAAGCUGGGUUGGAACCUGAUGGUGUCACCUUCACUGGGGUUUUAACUGCUUGUAGUCACGCUGGACUAGUGGAGGAAGGUUGCGAAUAUUUUAGGUACGUGAGAAGUAAAUACAACAGUAAAUUAACUAUAAAUCAUUAUGCUUGCAUGGUUGAUCUUCUUGGUCGGGCAGCAAAAUUGGAAGAAGCAGAGGCUGCGAUAAAAGAAGCUCCAUUUCAGUCAAAAUCUCUUUUAUGGAAGACUUUCCUAGGUGCUUGCACUAAACAUGAGAAUGCUGAAAUAGCAGAAAGAAUAUCAAACAUCCUUGCUGAUCUAGAGCUGAAUGAACCCUCAACCUAUGUUCUACUAUCUAACAUUUAUGCAUCAGCAUCAAUGUGGAAAAAUUGCGUAGAGAGAGUAUUACCAAGCAACCUGGUGGUAGUUGGAUUCAGUUGGCAGAUAACAUGAAUGGUAUGGGAAUGGAUGUGAGGAAAGGUGAUAGAAGCAACUCCACUGAUCACAGCAGAGUACUCCUUGACGCAGAGAGAUGCAGCGGAAUUGGAGAAUUGGAUGGAGGUUUCUGGUGCACGCCAAGUGUUUGUGAAAUGGAUCAGUGGAGGUUUGGUGAGUGUGUGUGAGGAUACUCCCGCUCAGGAGGCCUUCCAAGAGGGAAGGAAGCUAGAGGAUGAUAGUGCUAAAUCAGCACAAGGUUGAACUCGAAGCAAAGGUGUUAUGCUAAUUUCAGCAGCAAUUCCUUAUGUCAUUCAAGUUAAGUUUACAAGGGGGAGAAUCCUCUCUUUUAUAGAUGAAGAGAGGUUCUGAAAUGUUUAUGGUAAGCUACUCAGAUGUAAACGAAGCGCGUUGGAGAAGCUUUGAAGAUUAGGCUGCAUGUUCCACGCAAAACACAAUUAACACGUGUUUAAUGUGUUUUGCUUGGUUGAAGAACGUUGGGCGAUGGGUGAUCUUGGCUGGGAGCUUUGGCUGAAACUAGCAACUAUUUCCUAUGAAUUUCCUUUCCAAAAGUCAGCUGGUUCAAUCCAUGAAUGAGUGAAAAUGCACUCCUACUUGCUUGCCUUGCUCUCCGGUGCUUGGUAAGUUUCCUAAUAGGGAUUUGCAUGGUUUCCCAUCUUUAUUGGUGACCUAGACAACAAGGUAAAAGUAUUUAUAUUAAGGAGAAUCUUUCUAAGAAUUUAGGUAAGGAAAAAGUUUUUAGAAAUCUUUAUUCUACUUCCCUUUCUUUAGUCUUAGCUUUACUUGAUACUUCUUUGGAUCGUAAGUCC